GCUGGCAGACAUCCGUGAGCUUCCAGUGUCUGAGAGAGGAUUGAGUGGAGCGGUUCCUGCCGGAGGGAACCGGAGCGGGAUCUGAGCGACGCCGCCAACGGAUACGAGUCGUCCGGGAAAGACUCUGAGGGCAGAGAAGACCACUCAGACGGAUCUAAGCGGGUCGAGUCGGAUAUGGACCCCCAGGACAGGCCCUGCCUGGACCCAGCAGCGGUGCUGUCCCCGCUAGGCGGGGCUCGGCUCUGCCAGGUACUUCUAGCGGGUGUCACUGUCACCCUAGUGGCCUAUGGGGCGGGUCACAGAGGACCCUAUGGGACUUUCUGCAUGGCGGCAUGGUGCCUGUGCCUGGGGGCAUCGCUGGCAGAGUUUCUGCUGGAGGCGACGCGGGCCGGGCGCCGGCUGCCCGUGUCCUGGCCUGAGCUGACCGCGGCAGUGACCAUGCUGCUCGCCUUGCUGAGUGGCGCCGCCUCCCUCAUCUACCCCCUGGUGUUCCUGCGCUCCGCCUGUCCAUACGGUGACUGCGGGGGGCGGGACUAUCGCAUCGCCGCCACCGCCUGCUCCUGCGCCUGCUGCGCCGCCUUUGCCGCCGAGCUCCGCCUUGCCCGCAUGCGACGGGGCCGCCCGCCUGCCUACAUGGCCACGUGCCCAGGGCUGCUGAAGGUCGCCCAGGCUGCCAUCACUGCCGUCAUCUUCGGCUUCCUGGCCUGCGACGGCGAGUUUGGCCGCUACCCGCCAGCGCUCUACUGCGCUGUGGCCUUGGCGCUCUGCUUGGUAGCCGGCCUGGCAGUGGUGGGGCUGGCCGUGUGUGGCAGACAUGCGUCCACAUGCCUGGCCGCAGCCUGCAGCCUGAUCGGUGCCCUUUUCCACGCCAGCGCCGUCGCCGUCUGGCACGUCUUCUGUCUGCAGACACGGCGGCCUGGCCCUGGCGGGGGGCAGGGCGGCUGUCCACGCGGGAGCUGCCCCUGGGACAGCCGGCUGGCGGUGGCUGCCUUCGCCUACGUCAACCUGCUGCUGUACGCCGCCGACUGCGCCUGCACCCUGAGGGCCUGCUGGGCCUCCCGCCGUUCCUCCGCCGCUCCCUCAGACCCCACCAGACGCAUCUCCUUCCUGAAGAACAGCCGGCGACCACAGUCCACCUGGACCCCCCACAGAGUCUACCUGGUCUCCUAACCCCCUUGCAGACCACUCCCCCCCACGGCUCCCCCAUCUUCCUGGGUGUCACCUCCCUGAAUCCCUACCCAGUCGUUUUACUGCCCUGUCCACGGGCACUUCUACAAUCCAUCCUCAGGCUGCCAUCGCCCCCCCUCCCGCCCCCCCGGACUUCCAGAUGGUGCCGGGACAGAAGCCCCCACAGCUUCCCUGCACCUCCCCCUCCCCCCAAAGACCCGCCCUUGAUCCCCGGGACGGAUCCAGCUGCCUCAGCGAGAGCCACCGGUGCUGACUGGGGCUGGCCCGGCGGAUCAGCAGAUUAGCCGCACGCUCAGCCCCGGCUCCCGGACGGACUUGUCAGCCAAAUGUGCUUCUCAUCUCUCAGCCCAAGGCCCGUAAUCCCGGCUCAGUGGGUCUUAGGCCACGUCUGCUGCACCGGCUAGUCGCGGGGUCCGCGUAGACGCCGGGGUUUCCAUGGCGAUGCCGCCCCCGUCUACGUGGCGUUCGCUGUCGUUUCUAUGCUUAUUUAUUUAUUUAUGUAUUUCUUCAUUUUUAUUUCCGGUCAAUGACACGCGCUGCAGGUCAGCUCUCUUUGCAGAGAAGCUUCUAGAAGGGGAUUUGCCUGUCAGUACGUAUGAAACCGGACUGACAUCGCCGUCGGACCCGAUGCUCGGACUGCUCUAACGACCUGCAAACACCGGCAAAUUAAAAGUCCUUCUGAGGACAAUUCAG